AUGGCGUCCAACAGCAGUGAGCCAAACAACCAGCCAAAUACGUCCGACGACGCUCGCGCAGAGCUCACGCAACAGUUAGAUGAGCUUCUGAACACGCUCUCCAACAAGUUCGCCGGAGUGUCUAGUGAGAUCUUCGCAAAGAUGGAUGAGAUGUCUCGGAGAAUAGACAGCUUGGAGGCAGCUUUGAUGGCGAACAACGAUCGGGAUUCUGGCACGAAGCAAACAUAG